UGGGAGAGAUCCUCUCUCUCUCUCUCUCUCUCUCUCUCUCUCUCUCUGUGCGCCCCUCUCCCAAUUCCACACCCUUUGCGCCAAUCAACGACCCCACAAUCAAAUUUCCCUCCCUCCCUCCCUUAAACCCAUCCUCCUUGCCAUGCCAACUUCCCCUUCGGAAAACCGAACCAAAUGGCGGAAGCGCAAGAGAGAACCCCAAAUCAGCCGCCGGCAACCGAAGCAUGAGGACGAGGACGACGAAGAAGAAGACCCAAAUGGCGACGACGACCACCUCGAGCGACAGGAUGACUCCGAGGACCAGACCCAACACCCUAACCCCCAAUCUGGUUCUAAUUCUCAAGCGCAGCUCGAGAUCGAGGUCUUGUCUGACGAUGGAGUCCAAAUUUCCCAGUUCCCUCGAGUGAUCAAGCGCACUGUCAAUCGCCCUCACGCAUCCGUUACUGCAAUUGUCGCCCUGGAGCGUGCCAAUGAGUCUGGAGACAACAAGGGUCAGCUGCAGAAUUCUCCAUUUCUGGAGAAUUUGUCUUACGGGCAGCUUCAGACGCUUUCCACCGUGCCCGCUGAUAGUUCAGCUCUGGAUCAGGACCGUAACGAGGGAAGUAAUUCGGCUUAUGUGAUCACCCCGCCCCCCCUACUGGAAGGCCGUGGCAUUGUCAAGCGGUUUGGGAGUAGGGUUCUGGUAGUUCCAAUGCAUUCAGAAUGGUUUUCACCAGCUACAGUGCAUCGGCUUGAGAGACAAGUCGUGCCACGGUUCUUCUCUGGAAAAUCACCAGAUCAUACCCCAGAGAAGUACAUGGAAUGUAGAAAUUAUAUAGUUGCACGAUACAUGGAAGACCUGGGGAAGAGGAUUACAAUUUUUGAUUGCCAUGGAUUGUUAGUUGGGGUUGAUAAUGAAGAUUUAACUCGGAUUUUCCGGUUUCUUGAUCAUUGGGGAAUCAUCAACUACUGUGCUCUUGUGCCAAGUCAUGAGCCUUGGAAUGACAAGUCAUACCUAAAGGAUGAGGCAAGUGGUGAGAUUCGUGUGCCAUCAGAUGCCUUAAAAUCUAUUGAUGGUUUGAUCAAAUUUGACAAGCCGAAGUGUAAACUCAAAGCAGAAGAAAUUUAUUUAUCAUUGACAACUCAGAAUGCUGAUAUUUCUGAUUUGGAGGACAGAAUAAGGGAGCAUCUGUCUGAAAAUCACUGCAAUUAUUGUUCUCGUCCGCUUCCUGCUGUUUACUAUCAGUCACAAAAAGAGGCUGAUGUUCUUCUCUGCACUGAUUGUUUCCAUGAUGGGGGAUUUGUCGUUGGUCACUCAAGUAUAGAUUUUAUUAGGGUUGAUUCAACAAGAGAUUAUAGUGAUCUAGAUGGGGAUAGUUGGACUGAUCAAGAAACCUUGCUGCUGCUUGAGGCGAUGGAGAUUUACCAUGAGAAUUGGAAUGAAAUUGCUGAGCAUGUGGGUACCAAAUCAAAAGCACAAUGUAUUCUCCAUUUUCUCCGUCUACCCAUGGAAGAUGGAAAAUUGGAAAAUAUCAAUGUUCCAAGGAUGUCUUUGUCAUCAAAUAUGUCAAAUACAGAUGAUUGUGGAAGAUUGCGUUCAAAUUUAGGUGCGGAAUUAGCAGGACCAACUCAGAGCAUUGAUCCUAACAGCAGGCUCCCUUUUUCAAAUUCUGAAAAUCCUGUUAUGGCUCUGGUUGCCUUUUUGGCCUCUGCUAUCGGACCAAGAGUAGCUGCUGCUUGUGCACAUGCAGCAUUGGCAGAAUUGUCAGGGAAUAAUUCUGGUAGUGCGCCACAGGCAGAAGCACCAGGGCAUAGCAACAGGAUGAACUUGGAAAGCAAACUUAGUAAAGAUGGUGGUCCUCUUGGAGAAAUUGCAAAUCCAAAUCAGCAGGAUGAGGAUGAGGCAAAAGCGCUUGGUUCACAGGGUCCGAAUGAGGGUGAGGCCAUCCCUCUAUCUUCUGAGAAAGUUAAAGAUGCUGCUAAGGCAGGCUUGUCUGCUGCAGCAAUGAAAGCUAAACUGUUUGCAGAUCAUGAAGAAAGAGAAAUUCAGAGGCUAUGUGCUAAUAUUAUAAACCAUCAGCUGAAAAGAUUGGAGCUGAAGCUCAAGCAGUUCGCUGAAAUUGAAACGCUGUUGAUGAAAGAAUGUGACCAAAUGGAGAAGGCAAGACAAAGAUUUGCUGCUGAACGUUCCCGUCUUGUAUCCGCAUGGCUUGGAUCUGGUGUAGCCACAAACACAUCAGGUGUGGGUCCUUCGACGGUUAGUAAUAAUAAUGGCAACAGUAGACAACAAAUGGCCUUUGGAUCUCCUUCGCAGCCCAGUGUCUCAGCGUACACAAGUGGCCAAGCAGUUCAUCCACAUAUGUCCUUUGUCCCACGGCCUUCCGUGUUUGGUGGGCUAGGGCAAAGGUUACCGCUUUCUAUGAUACAACAAUCACAAUCAACUUCUCCCAAUCCCAUGUUUAAAGCCCCUGGUAAUGUGCAGCCUUCUACCAAUCAUCCUUUGUUGAGGCCUGUAUCAGGUACUAACUCUGGUUUAGGUUAAUUAGGGAAUUAGAUGUAAGUCUCGGUGCUUCUAUGGUGUAGAUUUAUUUUGUCAUUGCUUUGAGCAUUGAAGAGGAAAUUAGGUGAUGAAUCAAGCUGAGUUAUUGUUUCUAGUUUUUGGGGCCUCUGAUAGGUUGCAGUUGAUUAUGCAACUAUUGCUCAAGGGAAAUAAGCGGCUUUUGAUAUUCCCUAAGUUCUAGUUUUCCCCGUUGAGGUUCUGCAUUUUUAGGAUGAGAAUUUAAAUCCUGUUUAGCUAGCUUACACAACGACAGUUAGCAGGUCGGAUUGGAAGAAUCAUGAUCAAGCCAUUGUGACUAAUUGUAUCAAUUGCCUUGAUGUUGUACGAUCUAUAUUACAUUGUUUCGCUA